ACCGCUGCGUGGACUCACAACAACGGGGCACUUUCAAAAUGGCGCUGGCAGGUCCCCGCGGCACCCACUUCUGGAGUGACGAGGAAACCAUCUUCUUGAUCCACCAGCUGAGGGAAUCCGACAUUUUAAAGUACCUCGACGGACGCAAAACCAGGAACGGGAAAGUGUUCGAAAAGGUGGCGAACGCGAUGAAGAACGCCGGCUUCCGUCGAAGUCCCGAGCAGAUCCGAGUGCGGUGGAAACGCUUGAAGCAGGUCUACUACAACACCAAGAAGGACGCGGCGAGUGGACACAAGCCAGUCUGGUGUCCGCACUUCCAGCUCCUGGACGACCUGCUCGGAGGACACCCGCGCUCCCGCAGCUUGGAUGUUGGCGUCGGACUUUUGCUGCAAAAGGGUGUGCCAGAUGACCAGGGAGAUCCAAACAAUGAUCCGGAGGCGCAUCCGGACAAGGAUUCUGAUCUCAAAAGCAACGAGAGUGUUGGAUCAUCAUAUUUGACUCACCCGCCGUCCUUUGCACCUGCCAGUACUCUAUUUCCCCAGAGGAGUCCUGGACCUGGCACAUUUGCGUUACUUGGUCAAAGGCAAAGACCGAGGGGAAGACGGUCGGCGUUUGAGAGGUUCACGUCCAGCAUGGAGAGAAUGCAGUCGGUCUUGGCUGAACAGUUCCAGCGCUGCCAAGAAAGGCAGGAGAGACUAGUGGAUAGCAUCCUUCAGAGCAACGAGUCCAUGGUUUCUGCUCUACUCGAAGGCCUCCAGAGUCUAAGGCCACAUCCAGCGGAUCACCGAGGAGAAAAAGACGUCCGGCAGCUGAUUGGUCGCCCCCACAUUAAAGAGGAAGACCUCACUCAGGAAGGAGGGCCGAAGGAGGCUGAGCUCACCGAGUCGCCACCGACUGGUGUCUCCGGGAAGACCGAGGACAAGCCGCCCGAGUCCUCACAGCUUGGUCACGGUCCAAGAGAGGAGACCGGAGGGGCGGAGCCUCCAAGCAGCAGCAGCAGCUCACUUGGACACACACCCGAAGCUGAUGGAGGAGCGGACAACCUCCUAGCUCCACUGUCAGAUUGUGACGACAGCACGUCGCACUUUUCCGAGGACGACGACGCCCGAGAACCUUUGAGCAGCGAUACGGACGACGACGCGAUACCAGGACUCACGCUGACGACAAACGCGCCGCAAGGAAGGCCGGUAAAAACUCGCCGACGUGCCCGGUUUGUGCUAAAAGAUUUCCUUACGGGUGUCUUUUGGCUAAGCACAUGCGAACGCACACAGGGGAGAAACCCUUUUGUUUGCGCAGUCUGCGACAAAAGGUUCACCGCCAAACAUAAUAUGAUGUCCCACAUGAAAACACACACGCCGUAGGGGAAAGUACUUGUACACAUUUUCCUGCAAGUCCUCUGAAAGUAGCGGUAAAGUGGAAAAACAAGUUGACUUUAUGUGUUUCAUUGUAUCCAUCAAACCAUAUCCAAUUGUAUUUACAAUUUGAAAAUGCGUAAAAACACAGUUUAAACAUCACAAAAUGCCGCAAGUUCAGUCAGCCAUUUGGAAUAUUCCUCUUCGACUAUCCUCGGCAAUUUCCGUAGAGUCUACGUCACUGUGGUAACGCUUCUGCACUCUGACCAUAUUAUUAGGUCAGUCAUACUGGAAAUACACAAAAAUUGUAAGGAGAUGUGCUGUUUAUCAUUUAUCAUCCUAAUGUAAGACGACAACACAUUUGCUUGGUUUUUUUUAUGCAUUCAAAAUCAUAAAUAACAUAGAGGUAUUUGUUUCAUGUCUCUAAGACGUUCCUACCGGAAGUUACAAGCAGUUUUGUCUGAGUUUUCCUCUGAGGAGCAGUUUUGUCUCUGUUUUAUUCAAAAAUUGCGCUAGAGCGCAAUUUUGAGUUUUGGGGUUCGUUUUUUUUUUAGAUCGCAAUUUCCACCAGUCCCGAUGUGUGUGAAAAGUUUGGUGAGUUUUGAAGUAUUUUAAGGGGGUCAAAUUACAGCUCAAAGAGGCAAAAAUGAGUGUUUUUAGUCAUUUUUUGUGUUGAAGGGGAAAUUGCCAACUUCCUGUUGGUUUUUGUCCAAGGAUGUGAAUUUAUGAAUUGUAGGUCUAAGUGAGACCUACAUACAGGUUUUUGUUUCAUGUCUCUACGACCUUCCUAGUGGGAGUUACAUGCAGUUUUUUUUUGUUUUUUUCCUAGGGGGCGCUAGAGCGCAAUUUUGAUUUUUGGGGCACGUUUUUCUAUGUGUGUGUAAAAUUUGGUGAGUUUUGAAGCAUGUUAAGGGGGGCAAAGUAGUGCGCAAAGCUGCGGAAUGAUAAUAAUAAUAAUAAAACCUUACAAUUUCAAUAGUGUCCUUUGUCCCUGUACAAAGGACUCCCUGUGGGACUCCUUUAUACAGGGUACAUGCGGACCCUAAUAAAACCUUACAAUUUCAAUAGUCUCCUUUGUCCCUUUACAAAGGACUCCCUGUGGGACUCCUUUAUACAGGGUACAUGCGGACCCUAAUAAAACCUUACAAUUUCAAUAGUGUCCUUUGUCCCUGUACAAAGGAGUCCCACAGGGGUACAUGCGGACCCUAAAUAGCUAACAAUUGAUUCAACAGAUCGAGGGUCCUCUCAUUAUACUCUCUAAAAACAUCCAAUAACAUGUUGUGACCUGAAUAUUAACCAAAUAUGGGUGAUGUUGUUGUCAGGUUCAAACACUGAUGACAUCUAUUA